GGUCAAAGUUGAAAGUAAGAACUUCAUCUCGCUAGGCUUUUAGCUGGAUAUUAUUGUCUGAAAACGGGAGAAACUUUAUGAAAUCUUGUUUUGAAACGGAAUAAAUCUUACGGACACCACACGGAGCGUCCUUCCCGCCCGGAAGAUGUCGUGUCUGGGCGUUAAAACCGCCACUUACUCGGUGUUUUUUCACAAGCUCCACAUCAGACCUCAGCACUUCUGUCUCUGUCCUCUGCAGCUGUGGACGCGUCGUCUUCACUGUGGGAACGUUCGCUCCACGUCUGUCGGACCAGAAUCUGCYCCGCCUGCCUCAGAACGGAACCACAGGUCCCCUGACCCGGGACCCCCGCCUGCUCCCACCUACUGCUGCAUGAGCGGCUGCCACAACUGCGUCUGGAUCGAGCACGCCAAGCAGCUGCUGGCGUAUUACCAGGACGGAGGGGAGAGCGCGCUCGCCGCCGUGGAGAAGAACGUUCUGGAUGAGAACCUUAAAGCGUAUCUAAAGCUGGAGAUCAGGCUCCUGAAAAAGACGUGAUGUUUCGCCGUCCGUGUUGCUGACCCAGCACUUUAUCCAGACCUGGUUCACCUGCUGGACUGCCAUGCUUUCACUCCUUCAGGGCUCCAGGAAACAGACACAGAACUCCCCUUUUAGGCCAAAUUAUCUCCCUUCAGGUUUUAUUUAUGUCAAAUAUUUAAAGUUUUUGCUGCUGUAUUUCAGUAUUUUAGCACAGAAGUCUGACAGAACAACGAGUUUAAUUUUAGUUUUAUGAGUUUGAAAACAGAAAAGUAGCUUCAACAUGUCAGAAGUGCCUCCUCAUCAAUCUGAAGUCACAUCUGAACAAAACAAAAUGGAUCUAUAUAUCUACAAAUAUUAAAUAGCACACAAAGCACAGUGUUGCAUUUAUUUGUUUUAGUUAUUGGUUUUACAUUUGAAACAAAAUGAUUAUAAGUCAGUUUAUUGACUCCACUGAGUGUUUUUAAAUAUUCUGUUUCAGAUUAUGUUUAAGAGUUAUUUUUCUUUCUUUUUUA